UACACACAAAAUUCCUCUAACCAAAAAUCAGGAGCUCCAAAAAAAAUGUCGCAGCAAUAUGCGGAGCCCCAACAGAGGCACUUCAUCACGCGCAGCAGUUAUGAGGGUGCCUGGGACAAGGUUGUGAGUGUGAUGGACGGAUUCGGAAGCUAUCGCUAUCCUGAUGGCAGUGAGUAUCGCGGAAGAUUCCAGCAGGGACAGUUCCACGGGUUUGGCCAUUUGCGACUGGCUCAGCCGUACCGCUUUACGGUCAAAGGUGUAUUCGAAAAUGGCCGAUUGGUGACAGUGGAGGACAUGUGGUUCUCCGACGGUCUACAUGUUGCAGGCAGGUUUACUGGCACGAAGCUUGACUGUGAUGAAUGGGACUACCUUACGCCCAGCGAUAGACGUUAUCACGUCGAGCGUCGUUAUGGCCAACAGCCAGUGGGACCCACUGCCUUCAUUACGACAAAAAUGCUGCCAAGAGAAAUCCCCAAGGACUGUUACGAUGUCGAGGAGGGUAUCUACAACAGUAAGACAAACUGGAUGACGGACCGACCUGGUCCAUUUCACGGUGCCAUGUACGUGGGUUGUCAAAAGGAUAAGGAUUUCAUCAAGCGUCAUUGCCGAAAGGCUAGAACCGCUCAUAUAGAUGAACCACCAUCUAGUUUUUGUCGCCGCAUUAUCGCCAACAAUUUGGCCACAGAACAGUCCCAGUUACGAAAAACGGACAUUUAUGCGCCAAAUGGCCAGGUGGAUAGGGGACGCUACUUCCAUAAGCUAACCAAGACGCGUAGCCAUUCAAAAGAGCCAUUGGAAACGCCUAGGAGGCAUCACGUUCCCGCCGAUGAUCCCGCAUGGGAAACUGAAAUGUGCGUUCGAGCCUACGCAAAGAUGCUACAUAAGAAACAGCAGGAUCAGAAGGAAUACAGGAAGCUUCAUCCUUGUGCCAAAAUGAUGAAGGUAGAAGAACCCCGUGAGUGGACUAGCACCUCGGAUGUGCGCAAUCCGGAAUCGGGAGGUGCCUCCAGCUGCCAGUCGAAUAGCUUCGGAGAGGAUGAACUACCCCUUAACUUAACAGAAACCUAUCGUUCGGCCGUCACCAUGAUGCAAAAGCGGGCGGCGGACAACGUAAACGUCGUCCAGUCGAAUCUUAUUCGCCACAAUAGUUACUUGGACAUGACGCGUUCAAUAUUUGAGUUAUAGAUAGACCUGUAGAUUGAUGUGUUUAUGUAUGUACAUAUAUGUUUUUAAAUUUCAAAUUAUAGUUAACACCAGUCUCUGGAGUGAAUUAAAAU